UGAUAUAGUUAGACUUUUCCUCACAAUGUGACUGCUCCUCCGUCUCUCUCUCUCUCUCUCUCUCUCUCUCACCAACAUGUCCGGUGAGCCACAAGCACCCGAGGAGCGACCCGUUGGCGGCACCGAGUACAGUUGGUGCAAGGCUGUGCCCACCGGCACGGGCACCACAGUCCUAGCCCUCCUCCUCUCUAAACCCCCAGAAAUCUCAUCCAUCCAAACUGCCCUCCACAACCUCCAAAAUUCCCAUCCUAUCCUCCGCUCCAAGCUCCACUUCAACACCACCACUAGGACCUUCUCGUACCUCAUUCCCCCCACCCCUCACCUCCAAAUCCAGCCGUUCGAUCUCUCAUCAACGGCCCGCAUCCUCCAAAGCCUCCACACCCCAAACGACAACGACGACGACGACGACGACCACCACCACUACUCCAUCACCCCCUUCCAUCUAAUCCUCGAACACGAAAUCAACCAGAACACGUGGCGCGAUCCUGACCAACCGUCGUACGCUGACGAGGAUGUCUUCUUUGCGAGCCUCUACACUCUAAGCGAAGCCCAGUGGGCCCUGACGCUCAGGCUUCACACGUCAGCAUGCGACCGUACGGCCGCGGUGUCACUGCUCAAGGAGCUGCUGACGUUGGUAGUGAAUGGAGGGGAAGGGGAAGAGACGGAAUUUGGGGAUAAAGGAGAGGUUAAUUUGGGAAUUGAGGAAUUAAUCCCAGCAGGCAAAGCCAACAAGCCGUUUUGGGCGCGUGGAGUGGACAUGCUUGGGUACUCUUUGAAUUCGCUGAGGACGGCGACUUUGGACUUCAGGGACGUGGAGUCGCCUAGAAAUACUCAGGUGGUGACGCUGCAGAUGAGUUCAGAUGACACUCAGAAGCUUCUUGCAGGAUGCAAGUCAAGAGAGAUUAAACUAUGUGCAGUCUUGGCAGCGGCCGGAUUGAUUGCAGCUUAUACCUCUAAACACCUCCCUGAUCAUCAGAGGGAGAAGUAUGCUGUUGUAACUCUCACAGACUGCCGUUCAAUUCUUGAUCCUGCCCUUUGCAGUCACCAUCUAGGAUUCUACCAUUCUGCCAUUACGAAUACACAUGACAUAUAUGCAGAAGAAAAUCUAUGGGAGCUGGCAAAGAGAUGCUACAUGUCCUUUACAAAUGCUAAGAACUCCAACAAGCAUUUCACUGACAUGUCUGACCUGAACUUCCUCAUGGUUAAGGCCAUUGAAAAUCCCGGAUUGACCCCGUCGUCAUCCUUGAGAACCGCCGUUAUCUCGGUGUUUGAGGACCCUGUCAUUGAUGAUUCUGAUGGAAUACAUCAACAGCUUGGAUUGGAGGAUUAUGUGGGAUGCGCUUCAGUCCAUGGAGUGGGUCCAUCCAUCGGCAUAUUUGAUACCAUACGAAAUGGUGGUUUGCGUUGUGCGUGUGUGUAUCCAUCGCCGCUGCAUUCGAGGGAACAGAUGCAAGAGCUAAUUGAUCACAUGAGGAGAAUUCUUGUGGAUGCUUGUAACCAGUUGGAGAGUGAGAGCUAGACGCUUUCAUUUGAGAUAGACCUUUUCUUGUGAGCCUGUGAUGCUCAAAUGCCUUCUUUCUUUCUUUCUUUCAUCCAUCAUGCGCUAAAUCAUGAUGAUGGGACUAUGAAUUCGAACCAGCAGCCAUUCCAUUUGAUCUUGUACCACAGCUCAUUAUCAAUAAUUUCCCUUUCCUAAAAA